GUAGACACAGACAAGCUGAGAACAAGACGGUGCUCGUCAAGUGCAUAAAAAAUGAGUGUUUUGGUGCCUUUUCUUAUUGGGGGGUUGGUGAUGCUGAUUUCUUAUUGGUGGUACAAGGAGAGACGCCAGAGGGAGAAGUUGGGGUGGAUACCCAGGGUGCCAGGAUUGCCGAUUCUUGGGAAUAUCAUGGAGUUUAAAAAUUCCACAGUUUUUGUACCAAUACUUCUCGAACACGCAAGUAAGAACAACGGAUUAUGCUAUAUCGAUCUUUUCAACAGGAAAUUGAUAGUCGCAACGGACUAUGAUUUUCUCCAAUUCGUUCUGACUAGCAUGAACAUCUUGGACAAGUCCACCGAAUACAAUUUUUUACACAAAUGGCUUGGCAUGGGUUUACUGAACGCACGAGAGCAAAGAUGGAAGAAAAGCAGAAAAAUGUUGACGCCUGCAUUCCAUUUUUCGAUUUUAGAACAAUUCGUGGACGUUUUCGACAACAAUUCUUCCAUCAUGUGUGAACUUUUACAAAAAGAGGCAAUCAACUCAGAACAUGUCCUAAAUAUUUUCCCUUACGUAGCUAUGUGUACACUGGACAUCAUCUGCGAAUCCGCCAUGAGAGUGCCGAUAGGAGCGCAAAAGAACCACCGAUCGGACUACGUAUUCGCGGUGAAGGACAUGUGCAGGAUAGUGAUCGAGAGGGUAUUCUCCCCCAUAAAAAUGUUCGACACCCUGUAUCCCCUCACCAAGGACUUCUACAAGGAGAAGAGGAACCUCGAAGUAAUUCACUCGCGCACCUUGUCGGUCAUCAGACAAAGAAAAAAGGAACUGGAGAUGGAGUCACUCCAAGAAAGAGGAAACUAUGGAGGAAAGCCGAAGAAAUUGGCCUUCUUGGAUCUGCUAUUGCAAUCCACUAUGGACGGAAGGCCUCUCACCGAAGAGGAAAUCAGAGAAGAAGUCGAUACGUUCAUGUUUGAGGGUCAUGAUACUACGAGUGCUGCCAUCAGUUUCACUCUCUAUUGUUUAUCUGAGGAUGAAGAAGUACAACGCAAGGCCAUUGAAGAGCAGCAAAGAAUUUUUGGGAGUGAAAAAGAUAGAAGUGUCACUCACAGAGAUUUGCUAGAAAUGAAGUACUUGGAACUGGUCAUCAAAGAAGCCCUAAGGAUAUACCCAUCGGUUCCUUUCAUAGGAAGAUUGUCUGAUAAUGAUGUAAAAUACAAAGAUGGAAAAAUCAUACCAGCCGGAGUUGGAGUAAUGAUUUUAAUUUCAGCUGUAAAUCUAGACCCGAAAAUAUUUCCUGACCCUAAAAAGUUUGAUCCCUCGAGAUUCGAGCAUCCAGACAAAAUACCCCCUUACUCCUACCUCCCUUUCAGCGCUGGAUCAAGGAACUGCAUAGGUCAAAAAUUUGCCAUGCUGGAAAUGAAGGCUGUCAUUUCAAAAGUGCUGAGGAACUUUGUGUUGCUACCUUCUGGGGAGGCGCCAAUCCUGUGUGCUGAAACGAUUUUGAAUUCGAAAAAUGGAAUGAAAGUCAGGUUGGGAAAAAGGGAUUGGAUUUAAUUUUUCAAUACAGGAUGUAAUAUAUUCUAUUUUGUAUGGUUAUGUAUGUAUUUCAAAUAUAAAUUUUUCAACACA